CAAGCUACGAAGAUUGUAUACUUGUUUCUUCACAUCCUUUCGCACGACUUCCGGCCAUCCAACGUGGUUUUUUGGAUUAGACAAUAUAGAACAUCUUCGUAUGUAAGUCGGUCUGGGUCACGAUUGACCACGCUUCGUCAGUCGCAAAUUUUACAAAGAUUUAUAAAAAUUUGUGCUGAAACAGUCAGAAAAAUUCAGAUACAGAAUGAUAAAAUCUUAACAAACGUGGGACUAAUUAAUGUGGAAGGAACGAUAAAUCAGCCGCGAUACUUCCGAUUCAUCUCGGUUGAAUGGCGCGAGGUUUCCCGGAUUCACCGUAACCCGUUCUAAACGAGAAGAAAAGCGGGGAUGUUGAUCGUAAUAAGAUCAGGGUUACGUAGCCGCAUGAAAGAAGAUCGACCGAUCGAUGAUCGAACGAGGGAAGGAAGAGGAUCGAGGAUGUUCCUUUUCCCCUCUUUCAGCUCGUAUAAAAGUCCGAAUGUGUCGAUCCAGCCGACACAACUGUGAAAGAUCGCCGGUGAAAGACGUUCUCCUUGCGACGUCUACCUUUCGGCCUCGUACCCUCUCGAUUACCUCGAAAUUCGACGAUGUUGGUCUACCUGACCACGCUACUGUUAGUAGCCUCUACAACGGUGUACUCGAAACCAGCACCGGAACCGCCGAGCUCGUAUUUCCCUCCAUCGAGCGGCGCUAGUCUUUCAAGUGGAUCCGGUAGCUACGGUCCACCCUCUCUUCCGGAUCGUUAUGGCCCACCGCAACAACAGCCUGUCGUCCAUAAACACGUGUAUGUUCACGUGCCGCCUCCAGAAGCACCGGAAUACAAGCCACCGAAAUACAUACCACCCGCGGCGCCUCCACAAAAACAUUACAAAAUCGUAUUCAUAAAGGCACCGACUCCACCGACGCCAACCGCCCCGGCUCUUCCGCCGCUACCACCUCAAGACGAAGAAAAGACGUUGAUCUACGUGUUGGUGAAGAAACCAGAAGAAGCACCGGAGUUGGUGCUCCCCACUCAAGCACCCACGCAACCAAGCAAACCGGAAGUUUAUUUCAUUAGAUACAAGACACAGAAAGAAGCACAGAGCGCAGAAUACGGUCCUCCGCAAUCACCCCCGUCGGAUAAUUAUGGCGCACCACCUUCCAGCUCUGGUGGACCUUAUUAAACGCUUUCAUCGCACGUGAGAAUGUUUGCUGGCAAUGAAAUACUCAAAUACAGGUAAAUCUCUGAUUAAAGAGAUAUCAUUUGGGAAAAUUGUACAUCUACGAGAUUUUGCAGACCGAUCUGUACGUAAUACAGAUUACUAUUACAGAUUUUUUGUAGGAUAUUAUUAGACUUAAACACUCUGACUAUUUAUCGUCGUAAAUUCUUAGAUCAUUUACCGAAGACAUUUAUUGGGGUUAAUUAACUUCAAUAAUUUUUCAAAAAUAUGUUAGAUAUUCGAAUGAUUGUACCGGUUAUUUAAAUACUACAAAAAAUGAAAAAGGGUUGGUUAAUCAAACAUGUCUUCAAUAACAAUAUUGAUCUUUUUUAGAAUACUGAUAUCUACAAAGGAUUACCAAAUGUAGUAAAGUGAUGUUCGAUAUAUUUGAUUAGCGUAAAUGAAAAUAAUUAUAAUAGACGUAUGUAUUUUUUAAUAAAACUAUUUGUACUUUUGUAAAAUUUUAUCCU